AUGACGGGUCCUCAGUCAUUCCAUCAUCUUUCCUGGCCUGAACCCUGGACCCACCCCGAGUUCACAAUUCCUUCCGAGGAACGCCUAGCACUUUGGAAAUCACAGGGCUGGUUAAAAGAUGGGAGCCGUGCCUCUGUGCAACUCAUUAAAAACCUCAAGUGGCCUUGGGGUUUUAUCAUAUAUCGUACCGUUUAUACCCCGGAGUCCGAUGAACUAUGGUCUGCUUGUCUUGAUAAAAUCGAAGAAUCUAUCCGGCUGGAAAUCGACAUCUUCGGGGGGGAAUACACAGACCAAACCCCCGAGAGAAUUCUCAAGGACACCUUCAAAAACGUCGUUCUUGAAGAUCGGGACCGUUGGGAAUCCGCGUCGGUCGAACAGAUUCGCGCAGACUUUAUCGCGCAUUUAGAAUCAAUUGGGUCAUUUGUCGGAGAUGAUGCUCCUCGAUCUACCGUUUGUCUCGUCAUCGACGACGCGUGCUUGCAAUCUAUCAGGAAUACAUUUGACGAGCCUGAAAGCAAUCGCGGCAGUUGGGCGCCAACGGGUACCGAGGAUUCAUGA